GUUAGGCGCGGCCGAGCGGGCUCAACGACCUCGCAGCGACCGGGUGGAACGGAACGCUUUACACUGAAAGUGGGUUGAGUAGGGAACGUACCCCAGCGCCAUCGCGUCGCCAGUCGCGACAGGGAGAGGAGAGACUCGGCGAGGGACGGGGCUAGAGCCGUUUCGUUUUUCUGUCAAUUGAUUGACCUCGUUUUGUGUGGAUAUUUCUACCGCUAUCUAUCCCUUUCCGCUACCCCAUCGUAGCGAAAAUCGAACAGCUAAGAACUGGCUUACAACCAUGGGGAGCUCAACACAACUCUACAACCUGGGAUGGAAUGACUUUGAUUCUUCCCUGAGACUUGCUGUUAAGGGACUUCGCUCCAGACGAGACCUUGUGGAUGUUACUCUUGCUGCAGGAGGGAAAACAUUUCCUGCUCACAAACUCAUCCUAUCUGCGGCUAGCUCCUUAUUUCUAGAGCUGCUGAAGAUUACACCAUGCCAGCAUCCUGUAAUACUUUUAGCUGGUAUUGGUGCCCGUGAAUUAGAGCAAGUUCUUGACUUUGUCUAUACUGGAGAAGUGGCAGUUCGCCCUUCAGAACUCACGGCCCUACUUCAGGCAGCCCAUGUUCUCGAGAUAAGAGGUCUAGUUCAGGGUUCAAUCACUGCAGAGAAACCAGAGGAUCAAGAGAAGGCAGAAGCUGCCUUGGCUGCUUCAACUGAAGAAGGUGAAAAAGUCAGUGCUGCAUCUCUAGCUGCAGCAACCAAAUCAGGUCUCCUUGAUACAGUCAGCAUGGGCUCAGAACCACCCAGGAGCAAACAAAAGAAAAAACGGAGAUAUAGUGAUUGCUGUGAUGCCCCUCAUGAUAAAUGGGGAAAGUAUGAUUCUGAUGAUGAUACAUCUGAUUCAGAAGGUCCUCUCAAAGAGGUUCAAACAAAUACAAUUGCCACCCAAACAAUAUCAACUGAGUCUUCAGUGAGCCAAACAAUACAAGAAGUUGUAAAGUCUAAUAAUUCAGGUUUAGCAGACUCAGGGCAAAAACCUCAGAAGCAAUCAGUCGGCACUCUUACUUCAGUCUCCAUGUGCCCAACGCCAGUGCCAAUAACUUCUGGGAAGCAGGACCAGAGUAUUGGGGUCACUGGUAAUCAGCCCCCAGCUUCUCUAGAAGCAGCUAGACAUAUGCCUUUAUGUAUGGAUGAGUCUACUAUGAUACCUCCACACCAUUUAGAAAUGAAUGAGGAUGAAGAAAUCAACAAAGAAGACUCAUAUGCAGAUAUAGCAGCAGCUGCUGAUGCAGCAGCACUUGCUGCCUCAACUUUGGCUGACAAAAAAGGCGUAUCUGAGCAACCAGCAGCCUGUCCCCUUUGUAAUGCCAUUAUUCGUCAAUCAAGAAACUUACGCCGUCACCUUGAGCUGAAGCAUUUUGGGAAGCGCCCAAAAAAGGGAAAAGGUGGAAAACGGAAAACGCGCUCGAGUCAAUGCGAUACAGAUACCGAAUCGAACGCUGGCUCAGUAGCAGACACCACAGUGAUAGAGCAUGUUCAAGUAGAGAUGAAGAGCCCCUGCGAAGCGGUCCUAUCAUCGGUCCCAGCUUCAGCUUCGAGCAGCCCUACACAGACUCCACCUCCCAAACAUCAUACUUUGACAGAGCUACAACCUGCCCAUCAACAUCACAAUGUGGAAGCUUAUCUCCAUCAGCAGCAGCUUCAGCAGCUAGACUCAUUCCAUCAUAUGGCGCCCCCAACGUCGAACUCCACCUAUCAAAUACCAUAUCCCCACCCUCAUCCCCAUCUGUCCAUGCUGCGAGGAGAUCCCCAUGUGUCGAUUCUGCAGGAGUUUCGCAAUUCGCAAUUCUCGACCUCGUACAGCGGAAGCACAAGGUCAUCAAACCAUCAAUAGCAGAAGGCACGCUCACCACGGCAGGCCGGGACUAUGUUGACGCCAUCAGGCUUUCGUUGCUAAGUGGGCCUAAUUGGGAAAGUACUCCAUCCACUGAAGGGGAGGAAGUAUCCGAGCCUCAACAACCACCUUAGCAAAUUUCAAUUGGAAGAAAAAGCUUUCUCCGAGAUGAAUGUUUUGGAAGCACCAUUUCCUAAAUUAUAUAGGAUAUUGCUGGAUUUAGUUGGCCUUUGCUUUUGGGUUGGACAUGGUUGUGUAUAUAUUAUCAUGUAGCCAUGACUGAUUGUUAAGGGUUUCGUGCAAUUUAGAAAUUGUGUCACUGGAAUUAGCUGAUCCUUGACAGAUUCUAUUGAGUGUAUGUAGACUAGGAAACCAAACUUAAGGCAUUGUGACUAAGUUCAUUAAGCAAAGCACCCUCCUUUAGCUGAUUCUGUUGUGCACAACUAGCCUGUAUUAUUUAUGAGCAUUAGUGUUUUGUAAUAUGUACCUAUGUUGGAACACCAAGCUGUUAAGUUGUUGUGUGUUCAAUUCAUCCCAACUGUGAUUUUUAUUGAUAUUUUAAAGAGGUUGUAUAAUUGUAGCUUUAUAUUUUGUAUCUAUAUGUGUGCAAAGAAUGUCUGACAAUAUAUUCUACAUCUCAUUCUACCAUAUAUGGUAGAGAUAUAUAUAUAUAUAUAUAUCGGAGUACAUACACUUCCAUAUGUAUUGUUAGCUUUUCUGAAAAGGUGUCCUCCUUAGCCAUACAAUGAAGGACUUCCCCUAUACUGUCAUUAUUUAUUGUAAGGCCUAGAGCUGUUAAAUACUUGCUUGAUGUAUUGCUAAUUUUAAAAUAGAGGCAGAAUGUCCCCAUUCCUUGUACUCCUGUGUUGCAUUGUAACUUGUUUUAGCAACCUUUCUCUAAAAAAUAAAAUUAUAGAUGGUAUGUGGUCUAAAUUGUGCCAGGGAACUAUUUAUGUGGAGAGAAACAACUUUUGUACUUAUUAUUUAUUGAAAGUGUUUUUUUUCUUUUCAUUACUUUUGUGUGUUCUAUUUAGUUCUUGUAGUUUCCCUUCUUUUUUUUUCUUUAUAGUGUGGUAUGAAUUGAUUGGAAUGGGGAUGAAACAGAUAUCUGGAGAUGGUGAUUCUCACCCAGCCCUAAUGUCACUUUCCUACCUGGGUAUUAAAUGUAAGCUUUUUUAUUUAAUUGGUGUAGGGAAACAAAUAUUUUGUUUCUGCUGUAUGAUGAACCAUUCUUGUACUGUUCUCUCUUGUAUAUGCUUUCACAAGGACAUCUUCCUCUUUUCCAAAGUGUAGUCUUAGUUUCUAAAUUUCUAUCAAAAUUCUUGAUAUAAAAAAAGGUAUCAAUGUUGUUUUCUUUUUUAAAUAACUUUUAAAACUUGGUUUUUGUUUUUUUUACAUCAAACAAUUUUACUUCUGGACAGGUUUUUACACUGCCCUAAUUUUAUUGUUAUUUAUUUAUUAAUUAAAGACAUAUAUGAUGACAUGAUAA